AUGCAGUUCCACUCCCCACCGGAAGAGGCGCGGUUUUUACUUGACGCCACUUCCGCUCUCUCGGAGCGUGACGUACGUGCGCGCUCACGGCCUUGCGUCAGGGCCGCGGUGGGGGGGACGAAAAGAGUGAGAGUAGAAGGAGGGGUUGUGGAGGUUAGGACCCAACCAGAGAUUCUUGUCGACCUUCCUCCUCCUGACGAGCAGCAGAGAGGGAAGGGGAGGAGCGACCUCAGGCCGGCUGUGCAAGCCGGGAAGCCUCGUGUAGGGAGAGAGGGAGAGAAGGGGCGACAGAAGAAGAAGAAAGUCAGAGCCUGUCCCCUGCACCCCGGACUCCGGAGCGCCCGCCCCCAUCGCCCCGGAAGCGGCGCCCCGCCCCACCGCACCGCGCCGGUCUCAGAGAGCGCGAGGCCCCGCCGCCCCGCCGCCGCCGCGGGAGGACGACGACGUCGACGCGGAGGCGUGUUGUCGUCUCGCUCGCCGCCGACCGGCGAUCGCGCCGAGCCCGCUGAGAGCGGCAGCCGGAGCAGCAGCCGCGGACGCCGCCGCAAGAGCGCCUCGGCCACGUCCAGCAGCGGGGGCCGUAAGGAGCGCGACUCGAAGGUCCGGCGGGGCCGCUCGCGCACGGGCAAGGAGACGCCGUCCGCCUACCGCGAGCCGCCCAAGGCCUACCGCGAGGACAAGGCCGAGCCGCGCGCCUACCGCCGGAAACCGCGCUCCCCUAGCCCGCCGGGCCGGGACGACAGCCCGGGCUCGCACCGCGCUGCUCCUGGUGCGCGGAGCCGUCGCUCGCCCAGCCCGGCCGGGGGCAGCCCCUACGCGCGGCGGCCGCGCUCUCCCAGCCCCUACCGCCGCCGUUCGCGCAGCUACAGCCGCGCAUCGUCCUACGAGCGGGGCGGCGACGUGUCCCCCAGCCCCUACAGCGGCGGCAGCUGGCGGCGCUCGCGGAGCCCCUACAGCCCGGUGCUCAGACGGUCUGCCAAAUCCCGGAGUAGAAGUCCAUACUCGUCUAGGCAUUCAAGGUCUCGUAGCAGGCACAGAUUGUCUAGAUCCCGGAGUCGUCAUUCUAGCAUUUCUCCUAGCACUCUCACUCUGAAAAGUAGCCUGGCUGCUGAGUUGAACAAGAAUAAAAAAGCACGCGCUGCAGAGGCAGCAAGAGCUGCAGAGGCAGCGAAAGCUGCGGAAGCGGCCAAGGCUGCAGAGGCAGCUACGAAGGCUGCAAAAGCCUCCAACACAUCUACACCAACCAAGGGGAACACAGAGACUGGAGCCAGCUCAUCACAAACCAACCAUGUGAAGGAUGUGAAGAAAGUUAAAACUGAGCAUGCACCUUCUCCCUCAAGUGGUGGAACUUUGAAAAAUGACAAGGCAAAAACAAAGCCACCUCUUCAGGUAACAAAGGUAGAAAAUAAUUUGAUUUUAGAUAAAGCCACCAAGAAAACAGCUGUAGUUGGGAAGGAGAGUAAAUCUGCUGCUAUAAAGGAGGAACCAGUAUCUCUCAAAGAGAAAACCAAACCACUGACACCAAGCCUUGGAGCCAAGGAGAAGGAGCAACAUGUGACAUUAGUAACCUCUACCCUGCCACCAUUACCUUUGCCUCCCAUGCUGCCUGAGGAUAAAGAUGCCGAUAGCUUAAGAGGAAAUAUUUCAGUAAAAGCAGUUAAAAAAGAAGUAGAAAAGAAACUCCGAUGUCUACUUGCUGAUUUACCACUGCCCCCUGAGCUACCUGGAGGAGAUGAUCUUUCCAAGAGUCCAGAAGAAAAGAAAACUGCAACACAGUUGCAUAGUAAACGGAGGCCUAAAAUAUGUGGCCCACGCUAUGGUGAAAUCAAAGAAAAAGAUAUUGACUGGGGAAAACGCUGUGUGGAUAAAUUUGACAUCAUCGGAAUUAUUGGAGAAGGUACUUAUGGACAAGUUUACAAAGCCAGGGAUAAAGAUACUGGAGAAAUGGUAGCCUUAAAAAAAGUACGUCUGGAUAACGAAAAAGAAGGUUUUCCAAUAACAGCAAUUAGAGAAAUUAAAAUUCUCCGGCAGCUUACUCACCAAAGUAUUAUCAAUAUGAAGGAAAUAGUGACUGAUAAAGAAGAUGCUUUGGAUUUUAAGAAGGACAAAGGUGCAUUUUAUCUGGUGUUUGAGUACAUGGACCAUGACUUAAUGGGACUGCUGGAAUCAGGAUUGGUUCAUUUCAAUGAAAAUCACAUUAAGUCAUUUAUGAGACAGCUCAUGGAAGGUCUAGAUUAUUGUCAUAAGAAGAACUUUUUGCAUAGAGAUAUUAAGUGUUCAAAUAUCCUCCUAAAUAAUAGAGGGCAGAUAAAACUUGCAGAUUUUGGACUUGCUCGAUUAUAUAGCUCAGAAGAAAGUCGGCCCUAUACUAACAAGGUCAUCACUUUAUGGUACCGCCCACCAGAGCUGUUGUUGGGAGAAGAACGAUACACACCAGCUAUUGAUGUUUGGAGCUGUGGAUGCAUCCUUGGUGAACUCUUCACUAAAAAACCUAUAUUUCAAGCAAAUCAGGAACUUGCACAACUAGAAUUAAUAAGCCGUAUAUGUGGGAGUCCGUGUCCGGCGGUGUGGCCUGAUGUAAUAAAACUACCAUAUUUCAACACUAUGAAACCAAAGAAGCAGUAUCGUCGAAAGUUAAGAGAAGAAUUUGUUUUCAUUCCUGCAGCUGCACUAGACUUAUUUGAUUACAUGCUCGCCUUGGAUCCUAGUAAGCGCUGCACUGCUGAGCAGGCUCUUCAGUGUGAGUUCCUGCGAGAUGUGGAACCCUCAAAAAUGCCUCCACCAGACCUUCCUUUAUGGCAAGAUUGUCAUGAGUUAUGGAGUAAAAAGCGAAGAAGACAAAAACAGAUGGGCAUGACUGAUGAUGUUUCCACAAUUAAGGCUCCCAGAAAGGAAUUAUCUUUGGGUUUGGAUGACAGCAGAACCAAUACACCACAAGGUGUGCUGCCAGCUACACAGCUGAAAUCUCAGGGCAACUCGAAUGUAGCACCUGUAAUAACAGGCCCUGGACAACAGUUAAACCACAAUGAAUUGGCAAUUCUACUAAACCUACUACAGUCUAAAACAAGUAUUAAUAUGGCUGAUUUUGUCCAAGUGUUGAACAUUAAGGUAAACUCUGAGACUCAACAGCAACUAAAUAAAAUAAACCUUCCUGCUGGAAUUUUGGCAACAGGUGAAAAACAGACAGAUCCAUCAACACCACAACAGGAGUCUUCGAAACCAUUGGGAGGAAUUCAGCCUUCUUCUCAGACUGUCCAACCUAAAGUGGAGACUGAUGCUGCCCAGGCGGCUGUGCAGAGUGCAUUUGCAGUUUUGUUGACUCAGUUAAUAAAGGCUCAGCAGUCAAAGCAGAAAGAUGUGCUACCAGAAGACAGGGAAAAUGGUUCGGGACAUGAUGCGUCAUUACAACUCAGGCCACCUCCAGAACCUAGCACGCCAGUAUCGGGGCAAGAUGACCUCAUCCAGCACCAAGAUAGGAGGAGACUGGAGUUAACACCAGAACCAGAGCGACCUCGGAUUUUGCCUCCUGAUCAACGACCUCCUGAGCCUCCUGAGCCACCACCAGUCACCGAGGAAGACUUGGAUUAUCGGACAGAAAACCAGCAUGUACCCACUACUAGUUCUUCAUUAACUGACCCUCAUGCUGGAGUGAAAGCAGCCUUGUUACAGUUGCUUGCUCAGCAUCAGCCCCAGGAUGAACCCAAACGAGAAGGCGGUAUAGAUUAUCCAGCAGGAGACACUUACGUGCCCACUUCAGACUACAAGGACAGCUUUGGAUCAUCAUCAUCUUUCUCAUCUGCUCCUUAUGUUAGCAAUGAUGGUCUAGGAGGUAGCUCUGCUGCACCGUUGGAACGACGUAGCUUCAUUGGAAACUCAGAUAUUCAGCCUUUGGAUAACUACAGUACUGCUUCAUCUCAUUCUGGUGGUCCACCUCAGCCUUCUGCCUUCUCUGAGUCAUUUCCCAGUUCCGUAGCUGGAUAUGGAGACAUUUACCUCAAUACUGGUCCCAUGUUGUUCAGUGGAGACAAGGACCACAGAUUUGAAUACAGUCAUGGACCUAUUGCAGUCCUGGCAAAUAGUAAUGACCCUUCUGCGGGGCCAGAGAGUACUCAUCCUUUGCCGGCAAAGAUGCACAACUAUAACUAUGGUGGUAAUUUACAGGAAAAUCCUGGCGGCCCAGGCCUCAUGCAUGGGCAGACCUGGACUUCCCCUGCUCAAGGCCCUGGAUAUUCACAAGGAUACAGGGGACAUAUCAGCACAUCAGCUGGCAGAGGUCGAGGCAGAGGGUUACCAUAUUGAGUAUCUGUUUUUCCUCAGGCACAUCAUUUUUAUCUGGAAAGACUUUCUAGCUGCAAUUUAAGGCAGCAAUCCAAGAGACUUGAAUAAUAUUAAUUCAACAACAGCUUUAUUUUUAUGUGGAAAAGGGUCUUGCAUACAAUAGUUUAAAAAAAGAAAAAAACUUUGCUUAAAUUCAUGCUGUUCUUAAAAUUAGAUCUAUUGAUUGUACAUCUUCACAAAUUCUAGUUAACAAUUUUAUUUUGUAUUCUUGCAGUUUUAAGUGGAUGCUAACCUUAGGGGACAUACGCUUUUUAUGGCCCUCUUGCAGAUCUUCUGAACUAUGCACAUUUGUGCUUUUUUUGUAAGUUUGGACCAACUUUUCUGUAACAAACAACCCCUCCCUGACCCCCUCCAGUUUUACAACAAUCAGAAAGGGCACUGAUUUAUCUGGUAUUUUUCUUUUUACAAAGCUAUCUUUUAGUCAAAGGUCACUGUCAGUCCUUGCACCUGCUUUCAGUGUUAUUGUGAAAGGUGUACUUUGUGCUCAUUUCAGAAAAUAAACACAACCUUUCUCUUGA